UUUUGUUUUCAUUUUUAUUUUUCUUUUCCAUGAGUUUUUGGGUUAAUUUAAUUUUCUGUUUGUUGAUUAAUCUAAUUGUUGAGUUUUCUUAGAUUUGUUGUUCAUCAUGAGUAUAGUUUAUCAUACGGCACUUAUCGGAGGUGCUCUUUGCAUAGGCUAUUUCGCUGUAAUGAGCGUUAAAGGUGUUUAUCCAAAGGAGCUUCCAAUGGAGGAUAAAAUUAAACAAGAGGCUAACCGUAAAAAUAUCGUCGAAUUAGCCAAACGUGAAGGAAUAACCCUGAAGUCACAAUACUUUAAAAAUCCACCAUCAACUUGAACCAAUCGACUCAAAAUUAUCUCUUGUAUCACCAAUGUAAUAAUUUUUUCCUCUAUUGUAAAUUUAAUGUCAAAACUGUUUGUCAUUAAUUUAGUUGUAUCAUAUGAGAGAUUGUUUAUGUAAAUAACUGAUAACAAUAACUAGAAGAGUUUUCAAUCUCUUCCAACUAUAAAUAACCCAAAAAAAGACUCAAAAGUGAAUCAGAAAUUAACCAACAUCGUGCUGAGAAAAAUUGUAACAUUCGUUUAUCCAACUGGUGAAAGGUGGAGCAAAGGCCAAGUUUGUUAGGAUACAACAAUUAAUUGAAUAGAAUUGUAAAUAUAAAGGUAAAUCAUCCAAGAGAGAAAGACCAAGAAAGACGAAAGAAAUGGCUAAUGAAGCCACUUGAUGGCUCUACGAGUCGAUGAUCACCUGAAGACUUGAAAGAUGAAAAUGAUUGACGAUGUGUCCUCAUCUUUUUAUUUGGUGUCCAUUAGAUGAUUAGUGUUCUCAUUCAAUUAAUCUCAUUCUUAUCACUUUAAAUCAAUUGACGAAUAAUUAAUUUAACAAGAUCUACCAACGGAAGAGUAAAAAAAUCUUUAAAUUGUGUAGCUAAUCAUCAUCACCAUGGGUGUUAAAGUGGAUAAAGUAUUGCGAAAAAAGCUUGACCGGAAUUUAAUUUGUUUAUCUUUGGUCGCUUUUACUGGAUUAUUUAUAUCACUUUACGCUUUAUUCAUCGAAAUCAAACAUUCUAACAAUCAUAAUUACAAACCAUUCUGUGAUUUAGGCCAAAGUAUCAGUUGUACCGCUGCAUUUAUCUCCAAGUAUGGUAAAGGUCUUGGUUUACUUCCAGAAGAUUCGGUUUUUAAUCUACCUAAUCCAGUUUAUGGUAUAUUCACUUAUACAACACUAGUUAUGGUGGCAAAUUUUAGUGGAACAGAUCGUUUCCUGGUUAAUCUUCUUCUAAUCAUUUCAAUUAUAAUUAACCUCGUUUCCAUAUAUUUGGCUUACAUACUUUACUUUAUUCUCAAAAAUCUAUGUGUUGUUUGUGUGGCCACUUACAUAGUUAAUUUUCUUCUUCUGCUCUUCAGUGUCCAGAGAAAAAGAUUGAUCCGUAAAUUGGCCGCUCCAAAGAAAGAAUAACAGUAUUAACAGAAUUGGACGAUUUGCCGAUUAAUUGUGUAAAUCAUUGUGUUCCAAUCAUUACAAACCCAUCCCGGAGAUUAAUCAUUUCGAAUGAAUCUCAUUUAAAGUCAUCUCUAUUCUCAUGACCAAAUGAUAUCCAACUCAACUCAUCAUCGUUUCCUCUCUCUAUCUGAUCUUAUAAUUUAUUUGAUUAUUUAUCGUUUAUUUUUUUUCUUAAAAAAUAUGUAAAUAUGUCAAUGGAAUAGUCAAGUUAAUUAUCUGAAAAUCGAGGCCUUCAAAUGAUCAACCAAGUGAAGAAAAUCAACUAAUUUCUUCUUCAUGGUCUCUUACCUUUCGAUAAUCAAUCAACUCGUUUUAUUAAUCAUUUCUCUUCCUCAAGGGAUUUUCCUCAGCGAAAUUUAAUCAUCAUUACAGAAAUUUGAUUGCCAAUCGAAUUAUUAUUAUGAUGAAUGUUCUAAAACAAUGAUAAUCAUGAAAAUCAAACUAUUAUAAAAACCAACGAUUAAAAUGGUUCAUUCAAUCAA